AUGGAAUCUAUUCUAUCUGCACAUGAAAUCGGUGAAGGACUUGCCAUUUUGAUCAUUCAUGGAUGGCAGAUGGAAGGAAGAGUCGAGGAGCUGGACUUUGAGCCGAUUUUCAGCAAAACCACAGGGCUUCGCCGGAUUUACGUGGACCUUCCAGGCAUGGGUACAACACCUGCGAAUAACGUCAAGGAUCUGGACGAUAUAUACCUUCGCCUAGUUCAAUUCAUUGAUUCUCGAAUUGGAAACUCAAGAUUCUUGCUUGUCGGCUCAUCAUGUGGCGGCUACCUUGCACGUGCGAUAGCUCAGAAAUAUAUUAAACAAGUCGAUGGGUUACUGCUACGCGUACCGCUUAUUGAGCCAAAUGAUAGCAUGCGCGAUCUGGAUGCUUUCAAACCUUUAGUCGUUAACGAACAGCUCAUGUCAAACACGUCUGCUGAAGACAAGAAACUCCUUGGAAACGUUCUCAUACAGACACCUGCUUACAUUAAAGCUUUAAAGGCGAAAUUUGAAGCAAUUUACCGUCCAGCAGAAAAAGCAGCAGAUAUGAAGGCGUUAGGUCCAAUUCGAGCAGACCCAAAUCGAUAUCAUCUAUCUCCUUCGCUGGAUGAUGAAGGUGCGAAAUUCUUUGCACCCACACUUGUUGUAUGCGGUCGGCAAGAUGAGAGUGUGGGCUAUCGUGACAGCCUUCGGUUGCUGAAGCUCUAUCCACGAUCGACAUAUGUUGUUUUAGAUCGUGGUAUUCAUGGCCUUCCUGUCGAUGAGACUGGUGUUUUUGAAGCUCUCGUUCGCGAUUGGAUAACCCGGGUUGACGAAUGGCGAGGUCGCACAGACAGAUAAGGAGAUACCUGCUGUACCAACUGUCAGCCAUUGCACUGUCAGUCGACUUUAAUUGAGUUGGUUACGCCUAAGCUUGUAUUUUAAAUUAAUCUACAUUUGUACUUGGCAUGGCCAAACAACCCACUUGCAUCGUCAUCAUCACUCCCCC